AUGAUCUUGAUAGUGACGUUACGGGCGACGUCAUUUGACAUUUAUCAAUCAAAUAUCAAGUUUCUCGUUCCACAAUCCACAUGUCCGUUUACAUCGUCCCGCUCCCGCCGCUUUAAUCAAUUUUUAUUUGGUAAGUGGAAAAUGGCCCCAGCAGCUCCUGAAGUUAGGCCUGUACCGGCUGAUGACUCGAUCGGGGCAGGUAUUAGAGCAAUUUUAUUGGGACCUCCGGGUUCUGGAAAGGGAACUCAAGCACCCCGUCUGAAAGAGAAAUACUGUGUAUGCCAUUUAUCAACGGGAGAUAUGCUCCGGGCCGAAGUAGAUUCUGGCUCUGAGUUGGGCCGACGUCUAAAGAAGGUGAUGGAUGAAGGCAAACUUGUUUCGGAUGAAAUGGUAGUGCAUAUGAUUGACAAGAAUUUAGAUCAGCCUGCAUGUAAAAAUGGCUUUUUGCUAGAUGGAUUCCCAAGGACGGUGCCCCAAGCACAAAAGUUGGAUGAAUUGCUGGAAAAAAGAAAAUCAGCCCUUGAUGCUGUUAUAGAGUUUAGCAUUGAUGAUAGCCUACUAGUGCGUAGAAUUACUGGACGGCUUAUCCAUCCUUCCAGUGGUCGCAGCUACCAUGAAGAAUUCAAUCCUCCAAAAAAAAAUAUGAUUGAUGAUAUUACUGGUGAACCUUUAAUAAAGAGGUCAGAUGAUAAUGUUGAAGCACUUAAAAAGCGGUUAACUACAUAUCACCAACAGACUGUACCACUUAUUGAUUAUUAUAUGAGGAAAGGCCUACAUUAUAGAGUUGAUGCAGCAUUACAUGCUGAAACUGUCUUCAGUAAAAUUGAUAAUAUUUUUAAGAAUCGGAUUUUUGCUAGGGAAAGAUCUUCAUUG